AUGAAUAAAGUUCUUGAAGUGAGACCAUGGUGCUUUGAUGAUAUGCUCUUAUUAUUGAAGGAAGAAGAUGGUAAUGAAUACCUCGACCAGUUAACAAUUAAUCACUCUCCAUUUUGGGUUCGUAUUAAAAAUCUUCCUUUUAACUAUAGAUAUGAUGAAAUAGUUCAAGCCCUAAUCGGCAAUAUGGGAGAGAUUAUGGAGGUUGAAGACGAUGUAUUAGGUAUUGGAAGAUAUAGGAGAGUUAAAGUUUUGCUUGAUGUUACAGAACCCUUGCGUAGGUAUCAGAAAUUGAAAGACAAAAAAGGUUGGGAAUUUCAGGUAGACUUUUACAUAUGA